CAUAUCUUCACACAUUUCUCUUAGUUUCUUAGCUUUAGUUCAUAGUUUCUUAGCUUUGUGCAGAGAUAAGUGUAUAGCUUCUUGGGUUCUUAGUUUUUCCUUACCAAAACCGAAGAAUCUAUACACUUUUGAUCAAUCACAACUCUAGUUUCAUAUACUCAAGCCUUGUUCAUCAUUGUUCUAAGAGAUUUUGUGGAAUUAUAUGGUGUUUUUGGUUCUUUCUCUUAUUAGAAACCAAAAAUUCCUGAUUGCAUAAUGGUUUUUUUUUUCUUUCUCGGUGACUAAAGUAACAUUUCCUUAUCCUAAUUUAAUUUGGCAGGGGCUGGCUGUUUCCGAAUCCUUGUGGGUGAAUGAAAGCUUGAACCCCAAUUGGAUUAGGAAAAAAAAUAUGGAAAACACACACACAUAAAAGCCUAGCCUCCUCGACCCUCUCCAUAUUCGAUUCUGCAAAUCAUGCCUGCGGUGGAAAAAGAGUACGAAACCCAUUUGUUCCGCAGAGGCAAAUCCCCCGCCGGCAUGGAGGAAGACGAUGUUUCGAUCACCAUGAGGUUUGUCAAGUUACGCGGAAGACGCUCUUCUCCGGCUGAUCCAGUAAUUUAUGAAGACGGGGGCGACUUAGUAGCUGAUGAGUCGGUUUGCGUAGAUUUCUGUACCAUCAAGCAGAAACGAUACGAGUCUUAUUAUAAACAGCAGAUCGCGGUGUAUCUUUCGACCAUGGGUGUCCCGGAAUUUUACCAUCCAGGUGUUUUCGAAAUUCUGUUCGAAGAGUUAGAGGGGGCCGUGUCCCGUGACCCUCCCAUUGUGAUGGUCAUACUCGAAGUCGAUUUGCGGAUAGAUACUCGUACGGCUCGAUCAGCAAUCGAGGGCUUGGAAAGUGUGAGACUUGAUAGAGCUGUUAUGGAACACACGCCGUCGUGCGCAAUUUGUUGGGUGGAUUUUGUACAACAAGAUGUUGAUCAACCGAUGCUUACUCGGAUGCCCUGCUCCCACUAUUUCCAUGGGGAUUGCAUUCGUCCCUGGCUGCGCAUCAAUCAUCUAUGUCCCAUGUGCCGAUACCCCAUGCCGUUAGAGGAGGUUGCAUGGCUUCUUUGCAAUGCGCAAGAAAAAGAAGGAGACAAUCUGGAUUACUCACUACAGCCACAUAUAUCAUCCAAUAUGGCAUCACCUAAAGCAACCAUGUUGUGUGUUCCCUAUAAAUGUGGCCGAAUUCGGCUUUCUCCCUCCAGUGGAUGCUUCCAACUAUUAAACAUGGCUCACAACGGAUGAAGUGUACUGAAGAAGCUCAUCGCCCCGUUGAUUGUGGCACAGUGGCCAAAUGGAUAUUGAAGAACAGUGCCGAAUGUGAAAAUAUGAAUUGGUAUGGAAUAUCUUAGUUAUUGAUAGGAAAGUAAAAUUAUAAAGUUCAAAGAAAGUUAUUUAGAUGUGAACACUGGACUUCCUUGGGCCAUAGGAUUGCUGAGAUGAUAACCUAUGUGCAGAUAUAAAGCGGUUGCAUGGCCCAAGAUGUACCAUGAUAAUUGUGCUGGCCUGUCUACCCUUGUCCACCUGGAUAUAUAUACUUUGAUUGUAUUAUAGCAUAAGAAUGUUGUUUGUUAGAUAUUGCAGAAAUGUCAAUAUUAAACACUGAGUUAUUAAUGAUUCUAUAAAUUAUUGAAGGGAGGGAAAUAUCUUAACAAAAUCAUGAUAUUUCAUUUCUAGUAUAAGUAUUUUGCUGGGAACAAUAGCAAAGAAAGAUAGGUAUUUGUCUGGGUUAAUUACAGCAGUCAUGAAUUGAAAGAUAAUAUAUGUUUCAAGAUUCCUUGUGUUUUAAAUGAUUUAUUAUAUUUAUUGAAGAGUCUAUCCGAAAUCAUCCUCAAGAACUUAAAUCUUUCUCUCU